CGUUGCGAAUAAAAGCAUAUAGCGAUAUCAACGAAUUACGAUUGAUUUGCCAGGAAGUAUGCCUAUAACCGAACAGUUAACUCAAUCUUUGAGGAAGUAUUUGGCCAGUCCGCUAUUCAGGAAGUUUGCCAUUGACUGGAUAAGCGGAUUGGGUCUACUUGUAUACUUUUUUUUGGUAGCAGAAAAAGCAAGACCUUUUCAACGUCAAUUUAAACUAAACGAUUAUACGAUUCAGCACCCUUUUGCGUACCACGAGAGAGUGACGGGUGUGGAGUGUAUAUUAUUGGCACUGUUGAUCCCUUUAGGUGUUAUCACCGGGGUGAUUUUCACAAGAUUACUCAAACAGAAGAAUCUUAAUAAUCCAGACCAAGUGAAUAAAUCAUUACAUUUACUUCAAAUUUCAGUUUUAGGCUUGCUUCUUUCUCUUUCGAUUAAUGGAGUGUUCACCGAUAUAUUGAAAAACUGGAUUGCUAGACCCAGACCCGAUUUCUUACAAAGAUGUGGAGCUCCUAGCGAUACCGAUCCAGACAUAUUCGUGGAUGCCUCGAUAUGUACUGCUCCAUUGGGGGAAGCCAUUCUUUUAGAUGGGAUGAGAUCAACCCCUUCAGGUCACUCAUCCAUUAGUUUCAGUGGCUUAUUAUACUUAUCUCUUUGGCUACUUGGUCAAUUCAAAUUGUUUCACCCAAUAGACUUGAAAAAUCAUUCAAUAUAUAGAUAUUUAUUGGCUUUCUUACCAAUCCUCUUAUGUUUCUACGUGGCAUUGUCGAGAGUCCAAGACUACCGUCAUCAUUUUAGUGAUAUUAUCUUGGGUAGUAUCAUUGGUAUCUUUUUCGCAAACUUGAUUUACCAUAAAUAUUUCAACUCAAUCUGGAAUGAUAAUUGUGAUAAACCUGCGUCCCAUGAAGAUGAUGAAAGCCUUUUACCAAUCUAUAAUGACGUUUCAGCCUGAUACUCUCACAUCUAGACCUUUUCAAAUACAAAAAGUUAAUA